AUGUAUUAAAAAAUUGAUCAUUAUAUUUGCAUAAAGUUGAAGUUUACUGAACAGUUUAGUAGACAUUCAAUUUAAUAUAUUACCAUAAUCUAUUAUGAUAAGUAUUAUAAUCAAAAUUUUUCUUGUUCCUUUAAAAAAUCUUCAUGUUAGGUUGAUAUACAAUACUUGAAUAAAAAAUCAGUUUGGCUAAUUUAAUAGAAUCAUAAAAGGAAAGUAAUUGUGAAUUCAAACUAAUUUAAAGAAGAAAUAGAAAGAAUAGACUUAGAAAAAAUUUUAUUAUAAAAAUAAAAAAUUGUUAAGUAAAUGAAAUCAGUAUCAGCUCCUAAAAAUAAUUAUCAGAGAACUUUGAAUAGCAGCUUUAGUACGCCUGACAAGAAAAUAAAUAAAAGUAGGUUAAAUACUCAAUCAACCUUGAAGCUGAGCGGCGAAAUGAUGUCCGUUUAAAGUUAUUUAUAUGAGUAAGCUCAUUUAAAGGAGGAGGCUUCAAAGAAAGAGAUUAUGAGGCAAAUCAGAUCUGUGAUUGACAAUCUUGAGAAGAAUAAAAGUGUUAAGUAGUUAAAUUAAUAACUCUCAAAAUUGAUAGUAGGAUUAAGGACAUGCAUUCAUUAAUAGGAAGUAUCAAGCUAUAUCAUUUAAUUAAUCUAAAUUAUGAGAGAAAUCACGAAUAAUCAUUAAAACCAAAAAUAAAAUCUGUAUGAUAAGGAUAAAGCAAUUUUGAUUUAAAGAAUUCAUGAGUUAGAAUAACAGGCAAAAGAAAAUUAAUUUUAAUUGGAAUUACAGAUGCAAAGGAAUAAAGCACAGGAAAGGAUUAAGAAUCUUGAGGUUCAAUUAGAGUAAAUAAAACAGAUAAAAAAUUAAAACCAAAAUUAACCUAAAAAAUAGUAAACAAAUACGAAAGAAAAGAUGGAAUUAAAAAAUCAUAUAAAAUUGAUGCAAACUAAAAUAUAGACACUUUCUGAGAAGGAGAAGAAAUUAAUCUAAUUAGUAAAAGCGGUAAAAUCUAGAGGGAUUGAUGUUGAGUAUAUCUAUAAAAAUAUCAAUUAGGUCUCAAGCAGAGAUAGUAAUACUACAAAUCAAGAGGAUAAGGAUGAGUUUAUUGAUAAUUAGAAUUCAGAUUUCGCAGACAUUUCUCAAUUUGAUAUUGGUUAGAGUAGUAUCAAAAGGAAUCAAAAAUUCUUAUUAGAUUGA